AUGAAGUCCUUCACGUCCAUUGUCGCCGGCAUCGUCGGCCUUGCCUCCGUUGCCUCUGCCACCGUGCAGGGUUUCGACGUCUCUGGCUACCAGCCCACCGUGAGCUGGGCAGGCGCCUAUGGCAGCGGUGCUCGCUUCGUCAUGAUCAAGGCCACCGAGGGAACGGGCUACACCUCGCCCAGCUUUAGCUCGCAGUACACCGGCGCCACAAACGCAGGUUUCAUCCGCGGCGGCUAUCACUUUGCGCUGCCCAACAAGUCUUCCGGCUCUGCGCAGGCCGACUACUUCCUCGCGCACGGCGGUGGCUGGAGCGGCGAUGGCAUUACCCUUCCGGGCAUGCUUGACAUCGAGUACAACCCGUACGGUGCCACCUGCUAUGGUCUGUCGCAGAGCGCCAUGGUCAGCUGGAUCAGCGACUUUGUCGAGCACUACAAGUCCAAGACGUCGCAGUACCCCAUCAUCUACACGACGACGGACUGGUGGAAGACGUGCACUGGCAACAGUGGCGCCUUUGGCCAAAAGUGCCCGCUGAGCCUGGCCCGGUACGCGAGCAGCGUCGGCGAGAUCCCCAACGGCUGGCCGUUCCAGACCUUCUGGCAGAACAGCGACAAGUAUGCGUACGGCGGUGAUUCGCAGAUUUUCAACGGCGCGUACUCUCAGCUGCAGAAGAUUGCUCGCGGUUAA